AUGGCAAAUCGAGUUUCUGCUCUGCCCUGAAUGCAUUAGUUUAAUGAGAUGUUUGCAGCUGGAACACUAGGCUGCUGGAGUCUUAGUUUACAAGGAGAAGCGUUGCAAAGAUGGGCUUUGCCAGUUUAUUGUGCCUGUGCAAUAAAUGUGUUCCUGCCUUGACUACCUUAGAGGUUUAAUAUUAUAGUCUAGCUAACCAGUUGCUAUCCUGAAAAGCAUUGCUACUCCCUCGCCACUACAAUCUGAAGAGAGUGAAAUGCAGUCUGCAAUGAAAGUGGCUUCAGAGCAUACACCAGGGCGACGAGGGAGGAAACCAGGAAGAAAACGGAGACAGGAGCUCCUUCAGUCAGCUUUCAAACUAGCUGUGCAAAAUGUUGUGGCAGCUCCAUCUAAAAUUGUUUUACCGCUGAAAAUACCCAAAAAGAGAGGACCAAAGCCGGGAAGCAAGAGGAAGCCUCGCAUUCCACCAAAUCCUCCACCCAUCUCGCCCACCUUAAGCACUCCAGAGCCAGAUACCAGCACCAUCCCCCAGGAUGCAGCGACCGUUCCCAGCUCAGCGAUUUCGCAAGCAUUGACAGUUUGCAUAUAUGUCAACAAACAUGCCUGUGCUGGGCCACAUCUUGAUAAGAAGAAGUUGCAGCAGCUACCAGACCAUUUUGGCCCUGCCAGAGCAUCCAUGGUCCUUCAGCAGGCUGUCCAAGCAUGCAUUGACUGCGCCUAUCAACAAAAGGCAGUAUUUUCAUGUCUGAAGCAAGGCCACGGAGGAGAGCUGAUAUCAGCAUCGUUUGAUGGAGAACAGCACACAUUGAGUCUGCCAGCAGUCAACAGUAUUGUCUUCAUUCUGCGCUUCCUGGAGAAUCUGUGCCACAGUUUACACUGUGACAAUCUGUUCAGCAGUCAACCAUUCACCAUGUACAAUGCAACUUCUCAGACACCUGUGGAAUAUGUACACGAGAGAAUGCACACAGAAUCUGUGAUACCAGAGGAUGACCUCAUUGGAACUAUAGAAACCAGGUAUAGUGUGGACUCAAUGGAUUCUCCUGUGCACUUGAUGAAUCCCUCUAGCCCAUCAAGGCGUAACUCUGGAGAAUACAGGAGUGCAGGGUCCGCACUCUAUAACUACCGCUCAUCCUAUCAGUCUUCCAAUGGACCGCCUUCAGCAGGCCUGCGGCGACUCUCCUCCAGCCCAGGUACAGGAGGGACCUUUUAUGAAUCAAAAGGAAGAAGUAAUCCAGCAUCCAGUCCUGCCUCAGGCUCUGAACGACACAUGCUUUCUCAGGACUCCCUACGGUCAUUGAGCAGGCAUCCAUCUACCUGGACUGUGGAAGAUGUGAUGCGUUUUGUCAGAGAAUCUGACCCUCAGGCUUUGGGUCCACAUGCCGAGCUUUUCAGAAAACAUAAAAGAUAAACUAGGAAGGAGAAAGUUAAUGUAGCCCAAUGCAAAUUGAAGUGUUUGCCAGCAGACUAAAGAAUAUCGUUGCAGACAAAGAAAGGAAAGACCCACAGGGCUCACUGAAUUUGUCUUUCUUCCUUGCAGACAUUUCAUUGGAGAUCUAUGCUUUAUCCUUUUGAAUUUAAAAUCAAACUUAAAAUUAAGAGUGUAAGUUAUUCUGUUGUGACAUUUUUGGCAGUUAUUGAUGUAGAAACUAAGAUUCGCAACAUGCUCUAAUUUACAGGAAUUUACUGGCUAAUAAAAUUCAUGUUUGGAAAAAAUGCUGAGAUUAGCGUGUGUUUUUCUAUACAGUAUACCUAUGUAUACAACACCUGUAUACAAGUAUACAUCUGAAUACACGGUACAGAUAACAGGAUUUGAAAUUUGGUCUUUCAGCUAUUUCUAUUCAAACACUGCAGCUGUGAGAAAUCUCCGCAUCUUCUGGUUUGAUGAGAUUUCAGUUUUAUUUUAACAGUGGGUAAAUCAAAAAGUGCUGGCGAAACUCAGCCGGUCCCACAGCCGCUGAAUUCAUCCAACACGUUCUGUUUUUAUUUCACAUCUUCAGCACCUGCAGAUCUUUGCUCUUAUUUUAGUGCCUAACUUAAGUUUCUUAUGCUAAAAAUCAAAUUCCAAGGCCAGUGUGUACACAUAUACAAAGUGGCACAAUUUUCCUCUAUGUGUAAGCUGGGUGUGAUGAGCUGAGUAAAACAUUUUUCUUUCAUUUCACACACACACGGAAAUAAUUUUAAUGUUUGCCAAUAGUGUAAAGUGGGUAAUGUCGGCCACUCAAUAUUCACAGAAAGUUGGGAGAAAUAGCUAAUCAGUUUUACACAGUUGCCAAAAAUUGUAGUUAUUCUGCAUUUUGGCUGCAGUAAUUAUAUCUGUCUAUUGUACAUAUAGAUAUGUUCAGUGAAAAUUCACAGAUAUUGUAUAGAAGUUUUAAAAUAUCUAUAAUUGCAAAUGCUUUCAAGGGAAUGAAAAGAUGGGAAUAUGUUAUUAUAUAGAUGUCUCAGAGCAUAGGUCAUGUGUCUACCUGAAUGAAUAUCCCGUUUUUCUCGACGAGCUCCAUGUAUCUUUGCCAGCCACUAAGCCACACUGUAGGAGGUUAAAGAAUUGUUGAGAUUUUUCAAUCAUAGGUCUGGUUAACUUUUAAAAUCACAAAGUUCAGAAUUUAAAGACAGUAAUGCAAAGACAGAUUUGGACCUGAAAGGGAACUUGGCACCUAAUAACAAAGUCCAUCCAGCGGGUGGGUUGGGCAGACUGCCUUCUACUCCUGAUGUUGCCCUUGGUUGAGGUAUCCAGAACCGAGCAAAAUCUUAAAAUACGAAGGGGAAUGCCACCUUGGUCCAAGAUUAGUAGAGUUUUAUUUAUUGAGAGGGAUAUGCACCUUUGGCAUUCUCUAGAUUGAGAAACUCAGUCUUUUGAGUAUGUUUUAGAGAUUGAUAGGUUUCUGAUUACCAGUGAUACACAGAGUUAUGGUGAUGGGGUGGGUAAAAGACAUUGAAAUGGGUAAUCAGCCAUGAUUGGACUGAAUGGUGGGGCAGGCUGGGUGGGGCGCAAAUGGUCUUCUCCUCCUCCCAAUAUCCUAGAAACAGAGUUGAACGAUUUAUUCUUUGCAAACUGUGUCUGAUCUUAUCUGAGGUGAUUUCUUCAACCGAAACCUCAAAGGAGUCGAGAUGCGUACAAGUUUUGCAUACACUUUUGUUCAUACAUGAUCAAUUUUAUCAGCAUUGGAGAUUUACACAAUUUGAUGUCUAUUGUUGAGAAUCCCACGCAAGUAACAUUCCAUUCAGUCUCUGUACAUACAUAAAUGGAAAGUAACACAGUUGCGUCAAGAAGAAUUAUUCAACUCUUUGCCUUUUCAAAUCUCUGGGGGAUGGGCAGCAUUUGAUCUCAGACGAGCGGUAGGGGAGGAUUUUCCAAGUUCAAGGCCCAGACAAACACUGCCAGCGACUUUCUGACCACUCACAUCAAUGUGUACCCUACUUUCCAUCUUUGUACUCUCAAUAAUGUGAGCUUUGCUACUGGAAGUCUCAAUGAUACCUUCUAUAUUUGUAAGAUGGAAGAGCACAAAAUUCAAACCACAGUGUGCAAUUUUCCAAGCAUUAACUGUCACUGGUUAGAAAGGAAGAAUUUCUCAUUUUUUUGCAUGAAGCAAAACAAAACAGUUAACAUAUGGACAGGAGUAGGUUACAGAAAACAAUUAGGAGCACGGAGCACAGAAUUUAGGAGCAGGACUAGACCAUUUGUCAAGGAAGUGGCUGAUCUAAUUAAGGUCCUAAUGGUAUAUUCCUGUCUGCCACCAUAAAUCUUAACUCCCUAUUUCUAUCAACUAUCUAUCUAAUUCAGCCUUGAAUAAAUUCAGUAACACAGCCUGACUGCUUUUCUGGGAACAGAAAUCCACUAGUGAACCUUCAAGACAAAACAUUCUCCUCAUGUGCCUUAAAAGGUAGAUCUC